CUCAGUUGCCACUUGCCAGUUGCCCAGUUGGCCGCAGUAAAACGCCGUGCUUAGCGUUGUAUGGACGCUACGGUCACGAUCUUCUGAUUAGUUGAGAGAAUUGCCGUAUUUAAUUGCUAUGCAUGAAUUAAAAAAUAAUUGGCAUAAUACAUUGUGAAGUUGACGAAUUACGAAGGAAUUUCAGAAAAUGGUACUGCACAGAAGGAUUGUUUUUUUGUUUGGGUUGCUGGCACUUUGUUGGCGAGCUGGUGGAAGUGAGAAUGAAUAUGACGAGCACUCCUUAGUAAAAUUACACCCAAAGACGAGCUCUCAUUUAGAAGCAAUAAAAGACUUGGAUAAUCCUGAACAUGGCGUUCAGAUCCUGAAAAGAAGUAGGACCUUCGAUGAUACCAUAGAUCUUCUAGUUCCAGCGAACCGAGUGCAAUAUGUUCAGGCAUUUGCUGCGACACAUAAUAUCACCCACGAUGUUAGGGAGAACUACGAAAGAACUCUGGAAUCACCAGAGAGAACGCCGAGAAGACGAAUGCUUCGGGGCUUUAAUAUAUUCGAGUACCACUCGUACGCUGAGAUGCAAGAAUAUUUGGAUGUGCUCGCGAAUAAAUGCCCGAACAUUGUGAAACUCCAGACCCUGGGUAACAGCUAUCAAGGCAGAAAAGUAAGGCUCGUCAAGUUAUCAAGCAAUCACAAUGCUGGUAAUCCAGUUAUAUUCAUUGAUGCAGGUAUACACGCUCGAGAGUGGGUUGCGCCGGCGAUGGCAAUGUACCUGAUCCAGCGACUGGCCAUCGACCCCGAUGCUGCCAAGGACCUGAACGGUGUGGACUGGUACAUACUGCCGGUCGUCAAUCCUGACGGCUAUGAGUUCACGCGAUCCAGCAAAGCGAAUCGACUCUGGAGGAAAACAAGAUCCAAAAACGCCAAUUGCUUCGGAGUUGACGGCAACCGAAACUAUGGCUUCAAAUGGGCAGUCAGCGGUGUAUCCAAAAACCCCUGCGACAAAGAAACAUACGCUGGCCCAAAACCAUUUUCCGAACCAGAAACUCAGAUGGUUAAGAAUGCUCUCAUGGAGUAUGGAAAACAGAUAAAAUUAUACGUUUCCUUGCACGCUUACGGACAAUAUUUGGUCUACCCUUGGGGUUACACAGGCGAUUACUUACCAAGAGAGUGGAAGAAGUUAGACUCCUUAGCGCGAAUGGUAUCAACAGCUGUUCAAGCAGCAGGUGGAAAGCCUUUUAGAGUUAUGAGCGCUGGUAAAUGGUACCCAGCUGCAGGUGGAAGCGAUGACUUUGCGUUUGGUGUAGUAGGAGUGCCUUAUUCUUACACAAUGGAACUUACAGACGGAUACGAAUUCACAUACCCUGAGCGACUGUUGAAAACUGUAUUGCCCCAGUUCUUUGAAGGAUUUAGGGCGUUCGGAACACAAAUAAGAAGAGAGUUUUCACCGAGCCGACACAAAAGAGAUGAAUAAACAUAAUAAUCUAAAUCCAAUUCAUGUGUAAAAUAAAUUAUAGAACACAA